GCGGUUUAGACCGAGGCGGCUAUCCCAGCAGCCCAGUGUAAGUGGCCCAAUAUUCCAGUCGAGUUUAAUGACAGCUAAAACUGCCCCAACCCAGCAAAGAUGCCCAAGUUUUUUCUUGAUUUUUUUUCUUCGUUUCCUGUUCAACGUGAAGAGCUCCGUCUUAUGUACGUACAUAGGGAGCUAUGCUUUACGGACACCCCUGCUUAAGAAGCCCGCCCAAUUUCGUCAGAUUGAUGAAGGGUAUAGCCUCUCGACUGCGAAUAACUCGUACAUACCUCUUACCUAUAUACAAAUAUUGGCGAUUGCGAUGGUAGGUAUUUGUCUUCUUGCAUAUAGAUAGAGUAAACAGAUGCGUACUCGGUGCUUGGUUUAUGAAAAGUAUGCAACAUCCUAUUAGGAGGUAUCAGUUGGUUUUGGAUGUCUACUCUCACCUACACACGCACACAC